CCAAUUUUUUCUUUGAUUGUAGGAUGUAAGCGUUAGGCUGGACGAACAGAAGAAUGAAUGUCUCUCACAGCUGAAGGAAAAUGAGAUGUUGAGGACAAAAUUGACGCAGCUAGCUGAUCAAUAUACCCGUUCGGAACAGCAAUAUGAAACAAAAUUGAAGCAGAAAACACUUGAGCUACAGAUUGCCGAAGUAAAAAUCAAACAGCACGAGGAAAAACUGAUCCACGAAAAAUCUGAGAUGAAAGUGUAUGCGGAACAGGUCUCACAGCUCUUGGCAACUGAGAAAAAUUUGCGGUUGCAACUUACGGCAGACGGAGAAAAAUUCCAGCAGUUCCAGGAUGCUUUGGUGAAGAGCAAUGAGGUGUUUGAAACAUUUAAACAAGAGAUCGAGAAGAUGUCAAAAUCCAUCAAAGAGCUUAGAAAAGAAAACGCAUUCUUGAAGAGCAAAUGUGAGAAGUCGGAUGUUACUCUGAUUGAACUCGUUGAAGAGCGUGAAAGAUUGAAGAAACAGUUGGAAAAGACAAAGAACCAGAAAGAGAAGCUUGAGUCACUCUGCCGAUCCCUUCAAGCGGAAAGGAAGCAGAAAGAAAGUACAGGUUGCGGCACGCCUCAACCUGAGGCGGAGUAGAUCCGGUCUCCAUUCCACCUCUAAAGCUAAGGCGGGCUUUUCUCCCUCUCCCCGGUCAGUUUUGUCGGAUGAUGUCCUUGAAAUGUCUCCGUCUCUAUCUAAACCAUGGUUUGAGAAAACAGACAAGGGGUAACGGUGAUAAUUCAAAGAUUCAGAAACAGCUCAACGGGAAGCUUUUUCCCAGUCGCCGAAAGGCCUUUUUUUUAUGGUAGUAAAUGAAAGGUAUCGUAUCUAUCGUGGCCGGGAUUCUCUGCCAUUAGCUAUA